GUUGUUAUCUAUAGCUCCAAUGGCCAGCUGACGCAGAAAUCCUUCACUGUGCCGACGUGGGAGCUGCAUUGUCCUCCACGUUUCGCCUGAAACUCGCUAACAAAUGCUUGACGAAGAAGAAACAACCAGAAGUGGCAUCCACAAGAGCCCCACUUCAGUGCCCCCUUAAAUUCUCCGGAGAGAGAGACAGCAAUGACAGCAAAUAAAUGUGGCCCAUAAAUAGCCGCACAAAACACUGAACUUUUUCUUCGUUUACUUACUAUUUCAAUUUUCAAUUGGUCAGAGUUUCUUUUUGUUUUUCUAUAAUCCCAAUUUGUGACAUUUCGGUGAAAUCAGUGGGGAUCGGCGACGAAAAGCUGACUUCUUUUUUUUCUCCUGGAAAGUCUCUGCAUUUCGUCGAAUUCACGACAAAUUCCCCCGGGGGGGGAGGGGGGUUGAUUGUCACACACGGAUGUUUUAUUUCCAAUCACUGUGUUAUAAACCUGUCGAUUUUUCGUCCAGUCCUCCGUUUCUGAAAUCAAUCUCCUGUAUUUCCCUUCCUUCCGACGCCGUUUUCUUUAUAUGUUGCUUUAAUUGCCUUAGAUUCCGCCUCAACAUUUGAUAUAUAUUAAGGACCUAAACCAUCUUAGUCACACUCAAUUUUCUAAAACAAGAGGAAGAAAAUUUGAUGGUGUUAUUCUAACAAGAUGGCUGGCCGGCAUAGAUUGCUCUCCAUUGAGGAACUGCCCUCACAUUUGAUUCUAGAAAUUCUGAGCUCUGACCGGCUUAGUGCUGCUGAUCUGGUGUGUUUGGAGUUGACUUCCAAGACUUUUGGUGGUGGGAGUUCUUUGUUGUAUCCUCAGAAAUUCAGGUCGUUGGUAGAUUUUGCUGCAUUUCAGCUAUGUAUUGGGCAUUCGAUAUAUGCUGGGAUGGAGUUGAAUUUGCAGCGGCAGUUAUUUGACCGAUGCAAUGGGAACUGGAAGCGGGUUUUGAGGUUCUUGCAGGCUGUGGAGCAAUCAUCUGAUACAGUCAAGACCUCAGCAGGCAAUAUGCAGAUUACAACAGGAAAGUAUCACACGAUGCUGAUCUGCAACUCGUCCGUUUACUCCUGUGGUUCGGGUUUGUGUGGUGUUCUUGGUCAUGGUCCAGAGACGACUCAAUGUGUAGCAUUUUCUAGGAUUAAUUUCCCAUCAUUGGCACACGUGGUACAAGUCUCAGCCACCCACAACCAUGCUGCCUUUGUUUUGCAGUCUGGAGAGGUAUUCACGUGUGGAGACAAUUCAUCAUUCUGUUGUGGGCACAGAGAUACAAGCCACCCAGUAUUCAGGCCUAGGCUUGUUGAAGCACUGAAAGGAGUUCCUUGCAAGCAGGUUGCUGCAGGCCUUAAUUUUACGGUUUUUCUCAAGAUACAAGGCCAGGUCUAUACAUGUGGGUCCAACACGCAUGGCCAGCUUGGACAUGGCGACACAUCAGACCAACCAACCCCCAAGGUUGUUAAACUGCUUGAGGGAGUUGGCUCUGUUGUUCAAAUUGCUGCUGGUCCAAGUUAUGUCCUAGCUGUCAUGAACAAUGGGGUGGUCUACUCUUUUGGUUCUGGUUCUAAUUUCUGUCUUGGUCAUGGGGAGCAGCAUGAUGAAUUGCUUCCCCGUGCAAUCCAGACGUUCAGCAGAAAGGGUAUUCAUGUGGUUCGUGUCUCUGCUGGUGAUGAGCAUGCAGCGGCAUUGGAUUCAAAUGGACUUGUAUACACUUGGGGCAAAGGUUACUGUGGUGCACUAGGGCAUGGAGAUGAGAUUGAUAAGACUCUUCCACUACUCCUGAACACCCUCAGGAGCCACAUUGCUGUGCAGGUAUGUGCAAGAAAGAGAAAAACCUUUGUUUUGAUAGAUACUGGUUCGGUAUAUGGCUUUGGUUGGACGGGGUUUGGUAGCCUUGGGUUUCCAGACCGAGGAUUAUCAGACAAGGUGAUGAAGCCUCGAGUACUUGAUAGCCUACGUGGUCAACGCAUUUCUCAGAUUAGCACAGGUCUAUACCACACGGUUGCAGUCACUAACCGGGGAAGAAUAUUUGGUUUUGGAGAUAAUGAACGAGCGCAGCUCGGGCAUGACACUCUAAGAGGAUGCCGUGAACCGACUGAAAUUUAUAUUCAAGAAGUGGAUGAAGAAUUAGCUAGGUCAUGAUUCAGAAACUCCAUGACCUGAUCUGCAGGUCAUAUCUGCUGCUUUGUAAACUAUGUAGGUAUGUAUGCUUUUCUGUAUAUCAUCCAUGAACGAUCCUCAAGUUAUCAUAAAAUUGCAGCUAUGAAUUCUUGGUGAAAGUGAUAGAUCAACUGACUGUAACGAGUGAUGGUUGCUUUUAAUCUUUGUUUCUUCAUA